GUCCGAAAUCCUGUUUAAUCCGAAAUUAACAUAAUCGCAAAAUGAAUUUGCUAUAACAUGUGAUCACUGCAUUGUGCCCAAAAACAGAUACAAAAGAAAUGCAUUUUCAUUGUUUUAAGCUCCUAACAAAAUGAACUUGUACUGAGUCUUAGCUUAUAAAGGACACUGUCACAGUGACAAAUAUGUCUGGAGAUAGCCGAUGGACUUCUGGGUUUGCUACGAAUGUUGGCAAAUUGGAGCGAUGUGUGUUGGGAAGCACUGAAGUACAGGUUCCGGAAUGCUUCCUUGAACAGCGACAUAUUUUCAACACUGUAAUGAGUCAAGAAACAUGGAACAAAGUUUUGACAGAAUCUCAGAGGCAGCAUUUAAUGACAUUUCUGCCAAAGUUUCCUGAAAAUGACAAUGAAGAGAAGAGAGACACGUUGAGAAAAUUAUUUAAUGGUGAAAACCUGAAAUUUGGCAACCCACUCCAAAAUUUUCAUAGGCAACUAAAAGAUGGGUCAUUUUCCCCGGACAUAUCAAAGUACACAGAAAUGAUUCGUAAGAUGAAGCAGAAGGAAUAUCGGGAGAAACAGAAGCGUUACUAUCACAACAUGCUGCGAGACAUCUUACUUUCAAGACAGCGUGUGUUUGAUCAGCUCACAGAGCUUGGACCAGAUGAACCAAUCAAGUUUGAGUAUGACCCACCCAAACAGAAGAACAGCCCGAUAAAACAUAGGGCUCAGAAAAAAUACAAAAGAUAUCUUGACGAGGUGAGACAGGAAUGUGGGCUCGAUGAAUCCUCCUCUGAUGAUGAGUUAGCAGGUAUGAGUCAGAAGAGUAAGAAGCAGCUGUUUAAGACGUUGAACCCUGUCCCCUCCCCUGAGCCAGUCACCCCAAGUGUUCAUUCAACUUACGCUGCCAAGACAGAGUACGCUAAUGGAGAUAUAGAUACCCCAGUGAGUUCACUGAAGCGUCCACGGCCGAUCUCCCCGGUGGACAUCUCCGAGGAAGGGUAUAGGGAGAUGCUGACAAAAUACAAGCGUAGGCAGCUCUAUGACGACUAUGAUGAUGAGGAUCACCCGGAGUAUAACACUCAGAAUAUCACACUGCAAGACGUGAUGGCUCGAUGUCAGGCCAGCAGAAAAGGGGGUCGGGAACCCAGCGAUGAUGACAUGAGCUUCACACUAAGCCAGCCCAAAGGCAAGGUCAAAAAGGAGCGCAAUGAUAAAACCCCACGCAAGAAAAUGGCCACAAAGAUCCGUGACAUGGAUCGUGACGCCUCGCGGACGGGAGAUGGUGACGAGGCUGAUGACGAGAGUAAGAACAUCAGUGUGGAUGGCACAGAGGAUGAAGCCAGCACCAUUGAUCACUCAUCCCUACCGCCCUCUGAGGACAGAGUUGAUGACCCCGUCAGGUGUUCUAGCUUCUUUGUGCUCAUCAAAAACAUCAUCCUCAACUCUCCUGAUAGCAGAAUCUCAACUCCAAAGUUGGAGAACCGUAUCCGGUCAUGGCUGGAUGCACCUAUGGUUGAUGACAAUGUCUGGCUCCAGGCUCGUGACGACUGGCUAGAAAUGGUUCCCUUGGCUCUGAAGUUUCUUGCUGGGGAAACUAUUGGUGUUCAAGUUGAGCAGUUCAUCCCAUUCCUUGAUUACAAGGAGCGGGCCCAGCAGUGGUGUUGGAUCGGGUAUGGUCGGGACGGGGAUGAGACACUAACUGUGCUGUGUGAACACUGGCUAAAACAGAGAGAGGAGUCUGCUGAAAUAAUAGUAGACUCCAGUCAGGGAUCACCACCUCCACCUAGAUGGAAAACAGGCUAUGUGGUAAAAGCUACCACUGAUGAAGAAAAAACAGAUUUUCAAAAACAGGAGAAGCUGCGAUUUGAGGAACCCCACAGGGCUUUCAUGUACGACAUGCAUGGCUAUAGGUCAGUUGUGGGGCCAGUGAAGGGAGUGUUUACAAAGAAAAGUGACGCUGCCAAGGCUCGUGAACAUGCCCUGUUGGUCAAUAACAGGCCUGCAUUUGUCACCAUUCUUACCCUUGUUCGUGAUGCAGUUGCCCGACUGCCUAAUGGGGAGGGUACUCGGGGAGACAUCUGUGAACUGUUGAAGGACUCCCAGUUCUUAGCUCCAGACAUCACAGAUGCUCAGAUUAAUGUGGUGGUGAGCGGGGCCCUGGACCGGCUCCACUCGGAGAAAGAUCCCUGUGUACGCUAUGACGUGAACAGGAAGGUCUGGAUUUACCUACACCGCAGUAGGUCAGAGGAGGAGUUUGAGAGACUUCACCAGGCCCAGGCAGCUGCUCAGAAGGCCAAAAAGUCCAUCUCCAGACCCAAGUCGACCAAAUCUGCUACUCCCAAAUUGCGUGACCUAACGAGCAGCCAGCCUAGUGCCACCUCUACUCCUAUGCCCCCAAGCCUGGGUCCCAGCAUGGAGGGCGUGACAAUGGAUGAAGGGGCAGCAGCACCGGGCUCUACCCAUCCAGUAGCCAUGCCCACACCUCAGACUCAGGUGGUACCCAGAGGUGGCGCACAGAAAGCUAGACAGGCAAGCAAGGUUUCCAAUGUGACCCAGUCAUUAACCCCUGCCCAGCUACAGUUGUUACAACAGGCAGCAGCUGCCCAGGCCGCUCUCAAAGCCCAGGCUGAGGCUGCACAGACAGCAAAGGCUACCGGCCCAGGAAAACCCAGAGGAUCACCAAAAUCUGACUUGACCUCCAAAUUUCAAGGACAGGUCAAGGUCCUGUCCCAGGUUCCCUCAGCUGUCACUGUUACCAAGGGAACCGUGCCCCCUAAUGUGACCCUCCAGGCCCCUCCCACCCUAGGGGGGCCCCAGGGUGUCUCGUUGGGUCAGGUUUUUACCUCAAUCCCUCAGAUGGUUGCCACAACAUCCAGCACCGGUUCCCCAGUAACAAUGAUUACAUCGGCACAGCCAGGAACCAAUCCACUUGUAGCCAAGCUCAUGCAGCAAAUGUCUGCUGGUGGUCAAAUGGUGUCUGUGAGCAGUCUGUUGGCAGCCCAGCGGUCUCUUCAACAGACUGGCCAACCACGACUUAACACUGCUAUCAAAAUACAGGGAGGCAAUGUGAUCCAGGGUAUGUCAGGGAAAUCUGUACAACUGGCAGGAAAGCCCCUAGCCCAGGCCAAAGGUCAACUGCUCCAGAUUGGGGGUGGCAAAGGCCAGCAGACCCUGGGGCUAAUACAGACUCCCCAGGGUACCAUCAACAUCAUCCCCCAGGCCGGAACCACAGGGGGCCUGGUCAACAUACCACAACCAAAGGGUAUUGGUGCUGAAGCCCUGAAGGUUGGUUCCCCAGUAACUGCUGUGCCCCAUGCUGGCCUUUCCCUGAACCCGGGCAUCAGCCAGGGUAAAACAGUGCCCCAGGUUUCAGGAGGCAUGGUCGUCACCCAGCUGGGCUCAGGGGGAAACUACACUGUCAAGACUACAGGUGGACAGGGGAAAGUUGUAACCACAUCCCAGGCAGGGCUUCUCCCUGGGCAUCUAAUACUUCAGCAGACACCCACUGGCCUUAAAACAUUUGAAAAACAACUCUCAAUGGAUAGCACUGGAUCAUACUCCAUUGUGUCAACACCUAACACCAGUCAAGCUGCUCCUUCAAGCCCAAGUAUUCAGAUGAUGCCAACAGUACUAUCCCAGAGGGCGGGGCUCAAGCCUGGGCAGGCUACAAUCCUCAUCUCCCAGCAGGCCCUGGGGCAGGGGGGCCAGGUCCUCUCCCCAGGGCACAUCCUACAAGCAGCUAGACCCCAGGGCAAGGCCCCCACCCCUGGCAAACAGCCUAUGUUUGCCCGUCUCAUCACACCCCAGGGUAACAUCAAACUUGCCAGUGGAGUCCAGGCUAUUCAAACUCAGGGCCAACUGAUACAAACAGUAGGAGCCUCUGGCCAGACUUUUUCAGUUCCUAGUGACUCAGCCUUAAGACAGACACUCAGUAAGCUGGUUUCAGUGGGUGGGGGAGGUGCACCUGCAAAUGUCAUCCUUACAACAGGGGGGACAACUGCCUCCACAAUUUCCUCAAGCCAGCAGAUUUUGGCUGCUGCAGCUGCUGGGAAGGCUGCUCUUAUCAAGGAGAUGGAAAAAGAAAAGAAGCAGUGAAUUUUCAUACAUGGACUUUGAUUGAAUUCAUUUGUAUAGCGUUUUGGAUAAUGAAUGAUAAACAUGAGAUAUUUUUUUAGGAAUUGUUCAUGUACAUUUCUAUGUUUUGUUACAAAAAUAUCAAAAAAUAAAAUACUAGGCCAUAUAAAUAUGUUGUUUAUAUUUCAUUGA